UGCGGACGGAAUUACCACGUGACCUUGACGUCGUCAAGCCCGCGCCGACCGGCGUCAGUCCGUGGGCUUCCGCGGAAUCCUGGUGGUGGCUCAGCUGCUUUACGUCCCGGUUUUGUGCCGUUGGCGGUCUUCUCUCCAGACUCCCUGGGCCUUGCUUCCGACUUCACUAUGUACCACAACAGUAGCCAGAAGCGGCACUGGACUUUUGCUAGUGAGGAGCAGCUGGCGCGAUUGCGGGCCGACGCCAACCGCAAAUUCAAAUGUAAAGCUGUGGCGAACGGGAAGGUUCUUCCAAAUGACCCAGUCUUUCUUGAGCCUUCUGAAGAAAUGACGCUCUGCAAGUAUUAUGAGAAAAGAUUAUUGGAAUUCUGUUCGGUGUUUAAGCCAGCAAUGCCAAGGUCUGUUGUGGGUACAGCUUGUAUGUAUUUCAAGCGCUUUUAUCUUAAUAACUCAGUAAUGGAAUAUCACCCCCGGAUAAUAAUGCUCACUUGUGCAUUUUUGGCCUGCAAAGUGGAUGAAUUCAAUGUGUCUAGUCCACAGUUUGUUGGAAAUCUGCGGGAGAGUCCUCUUGGACAAGAGAAGGCACUCGAACAGAUUUUGGAAUAUGAACUACUUCUUAUACAGCAACUUAAUUUCCACCUUAUUGUCCACAAUCCUUAUAGACCCUUUGAGGGCUUUCUCAUUGAUUUAAAGACUCGCUAUCCCAUGUUGGAGAAUCCAGAGAUUUUGAGGAAAACAGCUGAUGACUUUCUUAAUAGAGUUGCACUGACGGAUGCUCACCUUUUAUACACACCUUCCCAGAUUGCUCUGACUGCCAUUUUAUCUAGUGCAUCCAGAGCAGGAAUUACUAUGGAAAGUUAUUUAUCAGAAAGUCUGAUGCUAAAAGAGAACAGAACUUGCUUGUCACAGUUACUAGAUAUAAUGAAAAGCAUGAGGAACUUGGUAAAAAAAUAUGAACCACCCAGACCUGAAGAAGUCGCUGUUCUGAAACAGAAGUUGGAGAGAUGUCACUCUGCUGAGCUUGCACUUAACAUAAUUACGAAAAAGAGGAAAGGUUAUGAAGAUGAUGAUUAUGUCUCAAAGAAAUCCAAACAUGAGGAGGUAUGUUCUCCAAAGGAAGAAUGGACUGACGAUGACCUGUUCCUAGAGUUGGAACCAGAUUAUGAAGGUUUGUCAGAUUGUUUCUGGAAAAUGGGGUUGAAGAAAUUCUGAGAAACUCGAUUGCCCUAAAUCUAAGUAAGUUUUACAGAUGCAAACCUCUCCUCAGUGUCAGUGCAUCCCAGGAUGUACUUUUCCAUAAAGUGUAGGUACCAUUUAAUUACAUUUCAGUAUUUGAAGGUAGUAUUUACUAUAUGCAUAUCCUUCGAUAAUAAUUCUUUAAUUUUAGGUUUGCGUUGUUUUAAUUUCCUUCUCAUUGAGGAAUGAGGAAUAAAAUUCAUGAAGUGUGAUUUUAUAAAAGUGGAGGGGAAGAAGCCGAAAUUGACAGUCCUUCACUGCAGUCCCAGUGAAGCCGUGGUCCUGCCAGGCUCUAGACAGAAAGGCAAACUGUUCAGAAUUUAUCUUGUUUCUUUUUUAGGUCACUAAAGUUUGGCGUCAGAGCAUGGUCCACAUUUAUCUCUGAAAAUUUUCCUACCCAGCCCCUUUAAAAAAAUGUUUAGAGGUUUCAUUUCAUCAUUGACCAGCUAAGUUACUCCAAGGCCUACAAAGAAUAUCGUGCUCGGACGCGCAGGGAUCCUGGCUCAAUACCUUUCAAUGGUAUAUGGGAACUGAGCAAAAACCAUUCAUCUGUGGCAUGCCCUUUCUGCAACCGGCUCAACUGGCAGCGCAUAAAUACUGUGACAGAAAAAUAUCAAAUGAUUACUGUCUGAAAAGAUGACACUAAU